AUGGCUGCUCACAAGUACACCGUUGCUCGUCCGCUAAUCGAAGCCUGGAUGAGACUAUUUGACAGCAUCGACGAGGUCGACGGUGAUAGCCUCAAUGAUCUGUACAUCAACAAGCUGCGAUGGCCGCAAGGCGACGAAGAGGUCAAGAACAAGAAGAACCUCAUUGCGUGGAUCCGCAAACAUUUUCCAGCCAAGGAUGUCAAGGGCCUGCAGGUCACUCAGCUUGUCAAAGAUUCGAUGAUGGAUCUGGGUGAUGCUCCAUCGAAAGUCGGUGACCGCAUGGACACGGAGCCUGGUCCGUCGACCACCGUUGUCUUCCAAGCUCUCAGCAUUUCUCCACGCCAGACUCAGAUACCUGGUACUUUUGGCCACCAGGUGGAACAAGGCAUGGUCUUCAAGCAAGGUCUCGCGCAAGCACCAUCCCUCGUCCCAGCGGUUCCCACACUAUCUGUACCAAUCAGUAUGCCAAAGCUCCCAACGGCGCGAAAGAUGCCCACGAUGGCCAAGACACCAUUGGCGCCUACCCUGAUCACUCCACCUUUUCCAAAGGUACGUCACUUCUGGCAUCACAUUGGGCCUACGGCAUUACUGACUAUUGCGAAGAGCACGAGCAGUAUGGAAGCUCGCCCUUCAACCGACGACCACCACGGUGUUACCGCCCAGGCCAAGAGCCCUGGUCUUGUUAGCUCCACGGCAGCCAACUGCAACCUCGCUACAGAUCCCGCGAAGACGCGCGGAAAUGACAUAUACCAUGCUUCGUCCAUCGUGACGAUCGAGCUUGACCCAGCAUUUCUCCAAGAAGUCUUGAACCAGGCUAUCGCCGCUCACAAUGCUCGCAACUGGGAUGCUGCUGUCGCCAGCUUAAGCAAUGCCAUUGCAUUUGUGCUUAUGAAGAAGGAGAAAGAUCGACAGCAGCAGGAGGAGGCGAAGCUCCAAGCUCGCAGUUCAAGUACUGUCGCAAUCAAGCAGGAGUGUGGUCGGUUUGAGAAGACACCCAGCAGCUCUCAAGACAUCGAUGGUGAUGGGGCCCACACAAGCGCAGAAGGCGGAAACGAGCGAGCUGGAGAUGAUCGAAGCGGUCCGUUCACGACCGACGAAGAUGAAGAGGAAUUAUAG